AUGGAGUCCACCGGAGAAGCGGGAAGGUUCACGUUAGUCCUCACCAAAGCCUUGGCUGAUAUAAACCCAUCGUAUAGUUCUGUUUCUGGGCUGAUUUAUUUCCGAUCAAAACGAACAGCUGUCAACAAUCUUCCGCCCGGACCUCCAGGUCUGCCGGUCGUGGGAAAUCUGCUGCAACUGGGAAGAACGCCUCCGUUCAAACGCUUCAUGGAAUGGCGGAAGACGUAUGGUGAUACUUUCCUGGUUAAGAUGGGCAGUGACGUCCUGAGCGACGAGGUCACCGCCGGACGGGAUCAGGGAUUUGUUUUCCUUAAAGAACUUGCAGGAAAAGGCCUAAUAUUAACGCAGGGAGAUGUAUGGAAAGAACAACGUCGUUUUGCUAUUUCCACGCUGCGCGACUUCGGCAUGGGCAAGACCUGGUUGGAAGAUAAUAUUAUUGGUGAAGUGGAGGAUAUGUGCGGUGUCCUGAGACAGCUCAAUCAACAGCCCUUUGAUCCCAAAACACUGUUAUCCCACUCGGUCUCCAACGUAAUUUGCUCUUGGUUUUUCGGAAAACGGUUUGACCAUUCGGAUGCGAAAUUUGGCAAAUUGUCGACGCUAUUCGCCGAAAAUGUACAGGUCAUUGAAGAGCAGUUGAUCAUCUCCGUAUUGGACUUGUUCGCUGCCGGAACGGAAACAACAGCAACAACCACCCUGGCGUUGAUCUUUCUCCUGGAGAAUCCGGACGUCAUGAGCAAAAUGCAGAAGGAAAUCGACGACCAUAUUGACGAUCAUGUUAGACCACAGACGUUGGUAUAUACAUGGUCCAUUUCUCCGGUAAACUUACUCUGUGGUCUAACUUGUGACCGUCACUACAGUAGUUGCAUACCUAACACAUAUAAGGACGUUGCAGGUCUGCUGCCCUACACCGAAGCCGCAAUUUUGGAAAUCCAGCGAUGCGCCAGCCUAGUACCACUGGGAGUUUUCCACCAAAUACUGGCGGAUACGGUGAUUGACGGAUACAAUGUCCCCAAGGGUACACUGCUGGCUGCCAAUCUGUACAGUAUCCAUCACGAUCCACGCUACUGGAAAAAUCCGGCCUCCUUCGAUCCUAAUCAUUUUCUGGACGCUGACGGAAAGGUGGUACAUCCAGCAGCUGGGUUCGCUCCUUUUGAAGUUGGCAAAAGGUCAUGCCUGGGAGAAGCUAUGGCCAAGAUGGAACUGCAUCUCUUUAUUGCCAACAUAGUCAAGAAUUUCAAUGUGGAAAACGAGCCGGGAAAGAAAAUUUCCCAUGAAAAUUACGUCUCCAGCUUCAUUAUCGGUCCAUCGCCCUAUAAAAUAGUUUUUAUUCCACGAUGAGCGUAUAAUUAUUUUGCUUAAGGAAUGUUUUGUAUUGAUGGUUUACU